AAAUGUUCUUGGAUUUCCAUAAAAAAAAAAGAGGUGAGAAAUGGGCUCAGCAAAGUUAGCACCUCCUUUCCUCUUUCUCAUGUCUAAUCAACAAUUUGAUCAAGAACCACCAAGUUAUGACCAUGCUUUCCAAACCAAUUUGGACCCAGGCCAAGUGUAUCAGUUUGGCAAACUUCACGACGCUUCGAUUGACUCAUAUGAAAGAGGCGAGAUGUUUAUCCAAGCCUUUUCUCAGCAGAUAGACACUUUUCCUGCAUUAGAAGCCCAACACAUAAGCCAACAUGGAUUUUUGAACACAAUCCGUAUUGAUACAGAAACACAAAAAAACCAACUAUUCCAACACCCAAAGGGCAAGGCUGCCUUUCGUCUUGUUCGACCCAAUCUAAUUCAAUUUUGGCCUACCAUCGAUUCACCUCUGACUGAUUUGGACGUGACAGCUCAAGCUUCUCAUCCUUUUUUGACACUUUCUGAAUACCAAUCUCAAUACAAUACAGCAGAGACACAUCAUUAUUUCGAAAUCACAGUCGAGAAUGUAGGUCAUUCUGAUGUUGUCAUGGCAAUUGGCUUGGCAACCAAACCUUAUCCUAUCUUUCGCAUGCCAGGAUGGAAUAAAUUCUCGGUAGGUUACCAUAGCGAUGAUGGCCACAAGUUUUGUGACGAUGCGACGGGCGGGCAAUCCUAUGGUCCGAGCUGGAAAAUAGGAGAUACAGUAGGAUGUGGUUAUUGCCCAGAAACAGGCAAUGUAUUCUUUACUUUGAAUGGUCAAUGGCUUGGCUAUGCUUUCCAAGGACUCAAGAGACACUAUUACUUUGCUAGUAUUGGCACAGAUGGACCAGCUCAAAUCAAGGUAAAUUUUGGUCACUCCCCUUUUCAAUACAAAGUAGAUCCAUGGGCUGGUCAAUUCAUUUAAUGAAAAUAAAAAAGAAAAAAAUAAAAAUAAAACUGCAUGAAAGAUUAUUGUUGCUGUUGUUGCUGUUGUUGCUGUUGUUGUUGUUCAUCUGUUUCCGAGACAAGUGGACUUUCUUUGACAGGACUUGAUCCGGGCUGAGA